CCCUUUUGGGACGACAGUUAUUUCUGUGUUAAGUGUGCAGGUCUCUAUAAUGGUCCAACCUCGCAUUCACUUCGUCCCUGGAACAUCAGUAAGAGUAAAGUUGAACGAAUAAUAACUAUGGCAACUCUGCUAGGUAUCAGAGAAACAGAAGGUGACCAUACUUGGGCGGGGGCUUGCAAGACGGGGGGUACUUUAGUGCAGCGGGCGCCGUCUUCAAUGACCAGUCGUCAGAAGCAAAGCCUCAGUAGCCCGUGGAGCGAAUCACGAGAAACGCACUGUAGGCCUAAUGUACUUCAACCCAACUUGAACUCACGGACGAGUCCAGCCAAGAUGACGUUCUGCAGGGAGCCAGACACCGGUACAUUUUUACAGCAGUUCACCAACAGCGUCAGCCGUGCCUUACACAAGCAGAUAUGCACCUGUAACGGUAGGGCCUACACAGCUGACGAACUUCGUCUCAAGAGCAACCCCGCUAUCUUUGCGCCCAAUUACCUCGAGACGUUCCGACGCAGCAACGACGGCUUCCCUCCAACUACCUGGAACGGUGCCGUGUCUGGGCACAAAUCGACGCGCGUGGGAGGCUCGAGGGGCUAUUCUCAGAUGCAAACGAUAAACAAACCGGGGUACGACUUUGAGCCGCAGCGGCGCAGGGAGAAUCUAUCCAGGAAGGCGAAGAAGCUGGGCGAAGCUUUCCCCAGGAAGAGACCACGGAAGGAAGUGAACCUGCCCGAAAGACUCGACGUUGUCGACAAGAGCGGUCAAAAUUGGCAGAUUGUUCAGGAGCUGCCCAAACUGGACAAGAAGAGGUUGGGGCGCCUCAGACCCAUAGUAGCUUCUCAUGUCAUUCCAGAGUCUCUCACUCUGCCGAACAGCUCGCGCUUGGGGGUACACCAAACUGGUGUUUUGUCAAAGAGCGCCCCCGAGGCUAUAGCAUUGAAUCACUUCCCAAACGACUGUGCGAUGGAAUCGCAGGCAGGGCAUGCCUCAAUAGAGUUCGAUCCACCCAAGACGGUGCCUCAUCAAGCUCCAACGCGAAAGUUCCUUGAGCUUAGUGAAUCUUCCCACGUCUGUAUGCCUUGCCAGCUUAAAAACAAGUCCACGUCUAUGCCAGACAUUGGAAAGGGCAGUCUCGAGCGCAUGGAUUAUGGAGAAGUCUCUCAACCCGCCUCUCUCAUCACCCACUGCGACAAUGAGAACGAGGAGAUCGCAAGCCACGGUUUGAAAAGCCAAACCUCCGAGGAGGCAGGGACCGUGAGACUGCCGAGAUUGAACACCGAGAACAAAUUUAACCACAGUAGACGCUGCAAGAUUAGGCCUAACUUUCAGGUGGAUCUGGAAGACCUCUACUCAAGGGGCGGCUUGAAGAUUUCAACCCUCCGAAUUGACGCAGAGGGGACGCUGCCAGGGAAUUUCUUAAACAGAGACAGAGACGAACUGCGCCAGAUGUAUCCCAUGUACGACUGGCGGAUUGCGCACGAGACGCGAGAAGCGAACAGGCACGGUAAAGCAACUACAUCGAGCAGGACCAAGGAGACCCUGCCAACCACUUCUACCUUCCAAUUUCCUGCCACGUUCUCCAACACUCCUAAGAACUCUCCAAGGGAAAGACCAAGGUUUACCGGAAAGGAAUGGAAGAGACACAGGAAGGCAGUGACGGGUGAGAAGAGCAGAGCGAGUGAGCUACUGGAGACAGUGAAGGAAGAAACGGGUGGAGCCGGUGGAUCAGCCACAGUGGUAGAGCAAGUUGGCAUGGCACAGCAUAUUGAGGAGACACGCCCAAGUUCGGGGCUGUUUCCAAGGCAACCACCGCCAACACCGAUGGACAGUCGAAGAAAGAGGGCCGUGGAAACUCAACCCUCCGCGGGGAGGAACUAAGACAUACUCCAUGCUGACAUAUUUGCUGUGUAAAAUGGUCGGCAUUGGCGGCUGAACAUGCGCGGAUGAGCCGUACCGAGGCAGUCGUGUAAUGCUUGCUGUGGGCCAAAACAGCUCAAGUUCGGAUACACUGAGACAGAAUUUUGCAGCUUUGACGAUUGCGAAAUUGUUACUAUUCUAUUUACCCGCUUAUAUUCAACACAGACAACAUAAAGUAAUAAACAAGUACAGGGAUAACUUUGAUUUGCAGAGUACAUGUACGCGUCUGCUUGCCCACAUUUACGGUGUCCACUAAGGUUGUAAAGAAAAUAUACUACUUAAAAAGUUAAGGGCCACUUUUUAUUUUGUGUAUGCUUUUAUUAUAUACGAGAUAUUUUACUGCCGAAAAUUCCCCAAUACAACUGUCCUGCUUGACUAUAAACACACUGUAAUCAUUUUUACAUGUGGUUGGUUUCAGUUGUUGCAUAAUGCCCCUGGCAUCAUUGCACAUCCUGAAAUUACAAGUUAAAAAAAGUGGUCCUUAACUUUUUUGAGUAGUGUAGGAAAGAAGACGGGAAUAUGCAAUAGAGUACCAAAGUGAAUACGUCACGCGCACAAUUAGUG